AUGCGCCCAUCACUUGCCACUGCGGUCCUGCCUCCCCGGACACGUGCGCACAACGCCCCCAACCUGUCAGUAGGGGGCCGCGAACAUUUAUCUGCCCCGAGAAGACGUAGCCCCAAUCUCCGCCACACCCUUAGUCCCGAAAACUUACGAACUUUGACCGAAAGGGGGGCGACCGCAGCGGCUGUGGACAAUGCAUCGGUGGUGAGCGGGCCUAUCGGACUGACAAGAGCCAAUAGUGACACAGAUCUGGUAACGUCGCAAAGUCGGUCCUCGCUCACGGCGUCUACGCUCGAGUUUACGCUGAACAGAGGACAAAAUCUGGUCAUAUCCUGGGACAUUAAAGAGGAGGUGGACGCUACCGACUGGAUUGGACUCUACCACAUUGAUGAGACCAGCCCGUCCAAUGUGUGGGACUGUAAGAACAGAGGAGUCAAUGGCACCCAGAAAGGACAGAUCGUCUGGAGACUCGAGGCUGGACCCUACUUUAUGGAGCCUGAGACAAAGAUCUGUUUUAAAUAUUACCAUGGAGUGAGUGGAGCUUUGAGAGCCACCACCCCCUGCAUCACCGUCAAGAACCCGUCUGUGCCAGUGGAGGGCUUGGCUGAGCAGGUGGGGAUAGAACACCCCCGGAAACUCAUCAGUUUUACUUUGACAGAUCUCCGAGCCACAGGCCUGAAAAAGGGCAUGUUUUUUAACCCGGACCCUUACCUGAAAAUGUCCAUCCAUCCGGGGAAGAGGAGUGUGUUCCCUGUUUUUAGUCAUCACGGACAGGAGCGGCGGUCGGCUAUCAUCGCCAACACCACCAACCCUGUGUGGCACGGAGAGAAAUACACUUUUGUGGCUCUUAUGACGGACAUUCUUUACAUUGAAGUGAAAGACAAAUUUGCCAAAAGUCGACCAAUCAUCAAACGAUUCUUGGGUCAGCUGACUAUCCCUGUGCAGCGUCUUAUCGAGAAAAUACCCGGAGUUCAGCCUGUGAGUUUCUCUCUGUGUCGGCGUUUGCCCACGGAACAUGUGAGCGGUCAGCUUCAGUUCAAAGUGGAGCUCACGACAACAGGUGCUUCUCCUGAGUCUAUCAUUGGUAUCUCCGCUUUGAACGGCGCUCCCGGUACACCCUCCGAUGACGAAGACCUGCCCCACCACCUCCCGGGAGUGUCCUCGAUCGCUCUGUCCCCCACGGGCUCCCAGGGCUCUUCGGGACCGUGGGACAGCGGAGGGGCUUCAGCUUAUCCCGAGAAAGAGCACUCUUUCCUGGGGGCAGAGAGCAGGUUCACACCCCCUGAACCCAUGUCCACUCCAGAAGUUCUGCAGCGAUCGUUUAGCGAAGGGUUGGACGCCAUUGAAGCUCCAAAAGGUCCUGGGGAGAGACCCUUGGGUGCUGCGUCGCCCAAAUUACACUCCAGUUUCCCUACGCACACACGACUUAGCGCGAUGCUACAUAUCGAUUCAGACGAGGACGAGGAAAGAUCCGGGGCUAACGAUAUACCCCCUGUCCCGCUCUCACCUUUGCUGCUAAAUGGGGUCCCGCCUGAAGUCACCAUCUCAGAGGAGGAAGACCCGUUUCCGGACGUGGAAUCGGACCAGUUGGUCGUCUCGAUAACCCAAGAUGGAGCGUUGAGUUCUGGGAUGAUCAUGGGCAGCGUUAGUCCGAUGUUAGAUCUCGUCCCGGACAUGGGGGGUCUAGAUGUGGACGAUGCGCUCGAGGUAGAUGUGUUUUCGGAAGCAGAGGAGACGCCCUUUGCGGAGGCAGAGUCCCAGAGUGCUUUGCAACAGGGCGCAGAGACACGGGAGGAAGUGAGAGGAGCAGCGAUGGAGGACCAGUCUUCAGAGAUGGACUCCAUGGAAACGGCGCAACAGACGGUUUUCUCAACGUCAGACAGCUGUCCAGUAACACUGACCACGGCUGCAGAGCCAGAGGAGGGAGCAGAGGCAGCCAUCGACCCGGGGGGAGUGUCCUGCGCCCCUCCGGACCCUCAGGAUGUCGGGGGAGAGGGGUCCGGGACGGCCCCGGAGGCAGACGGAGGGGAGGCCUCUGUGAGCGGGCAGCUGGAGGAGGUGGAGGUCAUCACUGUGAGGAGGCUGAGUCUGGCCACAGGAGGAGGAGCUGGGGAGGGGGCAGAGGAGCAGGAGCGACCGGACCCCAAACCAGAGGAGGAGGGACAAACUGCGGAGACUGACGCCAACACAGAGACAGACGGAGACGAGGGUUCCCACGUGAACGGUCACCCUGUGCGUUCCCUCCCUUCGGUUCGACAGGACAUCCAUCGAUACCAGCGAGUGGACGAGCCUCUGCCUCCGAACUGGGAGGCUCGGAUCGACAGUCACGGCCGGAUCUUCUUUGUGGACCACGUGAACAGGACCACCACGUGGCAGCGGCCCACCGGCCCACCUGCCCCACAGGGUCUGACCCGCUCCAACUCCAUACAGCAGAUGGAGCAACUCAAUCGAAGAUACCAGAGCAUCAGGAGGACCAUAACCAACAGUGACCGAUCAGAGGAGAGCUCCGUGGAUCUACUCCCUGAACCAGAAACAGAACUAUUACCACAUUCACUCGCAGAGUACAGAAGAGAGAGUGGUGUGGCUCACUCCAGCGCUCGCUCUCGUCUGUCUCUGCUCCUCCAGUCUCCCAGCGCAAAGUUCCUCUGCAGCCCCGACUUCUUUACCGUGCUGCAUUCAAACCCUAGUGCCUAUCGCAUGUUUACAAGUAACACCUGUCUGAAGCACAUGAUCAGUAAGGUUCGGCGCGACGCUCACUACUUCGAGCGUUACCAGCACAACCGAGACCUCGUCACCUUCCUCAACAUGUUCUCCAACAAACAACUGGAGCUGCCCCGAGGCUGGGAGAUGAAGCACGACCACACGGGGAAGCCUUUCUUCGUGGAUCACAACUGUCGCUCCACGACCUUCAUCGACCCGCGGCUGCCCCUCCAGAGCUCACGCUCCACCGGGCUCCUGGCCCAUCGCCAACACCUGACCCGCCAACGCAGCCACAGCGCCGGAGAGGUGGUGGACGACUCCCGACAGACCAACCCCCCCCUGCUGCCCCGCCCCUCCAGCACCUUCAGUGGGUCGAGCCGCAACCAGUACCACGACCUGGUGCCUGUCGCCUACAAUGACAAGAUAGUCGCGUUUCUACGGCAACCCAACAUCUUUGAGAUCCUGCAAGAAAGACAGCCCGAGCUCGCCAGAAACCACUCGCUCAAGGAAAAAGUGCAGUUUAUUCGCAGUGAAGGGGUAAACGGACUAGCACGUCUGUCCAGUGACGCGGAUCUUGUCAUGUUGUUGAGUUUAUUUGAAGAGGAGGUCAUGUCGUAUGUGCCGCCGUUACUUCAUCCAGGUUACUGCCUCUCGUCCCCUCAAAGCUCCCCUGGGACCCAAAGAGCCAACGCCCGCGCUCCGGCUCCGUACAAGAGAGAUUUUGAGGCCAAACUCAGAAACUUUUAUAGAAAGUUGGAAACGAAAGGUUAUGGUCAAGGCCCGGGGAAAGUGAAGUUAAUCAUUCGCAGAGACCACCUUUUGGAGGAUGCCUUUAAUCAGAUCAUGUGUUACUCUCGGAAAGAUCUACAGAGAAGUAAACUCUACGUCAGCUUUGUGGGAGAGGACGGGCUGGACUACAGCGGUCCCUCGAGGGAGUUCUUCUUCCUGGUUUCUCGGGAGCUGUUUAACCCGUACUACGGCCUGUUCGAGUACUCAGCCAACGACACGUACACGGUCCAGAUCAGCCCCAUGUCCGCCUUUGUGGACAACCAUCACGAGUGGUUCAGAUUUAGUGGGCGUAUCCUGGGGUUGGCUCUUGUCCAUCAGUACUUGUUGGAUGCCUUUUUCACACGACCGUUUUACAAAGGACUCCUGCGAAUCCCGUGUGACCUGAGCGACCUGGAGUUUUUGGACGAGGAGUUUCAUCAGAGUCUGCAGUGGAUGAAGGACAACGACAUCGAGGACAUGUUGGACCUCACCUUCACCGUCAACGAGGAGGUCUUUGGACAGAUCACAGAGAGGGAGCUGAAGCCGGGCGGCGCUGGGAUCCCUGUGUCCGAGAAGAAUAAAAAAGAAUACAUCGAGCGGAUGGUGAAGUGGAGGAUCGAGAGAGGAGUGGCCCAGCAGACGGAGAGCCUGGUCAGGGGCUUCUACGAGGUGGUGGAUGUGCGGUUGGUGUCUGUGUUUGACGCCCGUGAGCUGGAGCUGGUGAUCGCAGGAACAGCUGAGAUCGACCUGUCAGACUGGAGGAACAACACAGAGUACAGAGGAGGUUACCAUGACAACCACAUAGUGAUUCGCUGGUUCUGGGCAGCCGUGGAGCGCUUCAACAACGAACAGAGGCUGAGGCUGCUGCAGUUUGUCACAGGCACGUCCAGUAUUCCUUAUGAGGGCUUUGCUUCUCUCCGGGGCAGUAACGGACCUCGCAGAUUCUGUGUGGAAAAAUGGGGCAAAAUCACCUCGUUACCAAGGGCACACACUUGCUUUAACCGCCUGGACCUUCCUCCUUAUCCUUCGUUUUCAAUGCUCUAUGAAAAGCUUGUGACCGCUGUGGAGGAGACCAGCACUUUUGGCCUUGAAUAACUCACCGAGGUAAACUCACGAGAGAGAAGAACACGGAGAGACACAUUUAAUUAAGACUGACUUUUUUCAGCCGAAAUCACCAAAACCACGUCACAUUUUUUGCCUUUUACUUUUGACUCUCACUGAAAAAAGACAGUGUAUUAUUUUUUUGUUGGUUUUUCACUUUUCGUUCCUAUUUGAGCCACAUGUGCUUUGAGUUAACAGCCUUGGAUUUACAACUCUUCUUUUCCUCCUCGUCAUCAAAAAGACUGAUUUUCUUUCCCUCUUCCUCCCUUUUCCUGGACCUCAAAACUGUGUCCCGUGUCCUCCUUUGGGCUGCAGUGGA